AUGGACAAGCCCGUGCGAAAGCCACCGAAGCGCAAGGACGACCGCGUUAUUCUGCAGUUUGAUUACGACUGCUUCUACGCCCAGGUGCUCGAAAACAAGAACCCUGCGCUCAAGUCACGCGCGGUUGGCGUCAAGCAAAAGAACAUCCUCGCAACGUGCAACUACAAUGCUCGCCGACAAGGGGUCCAGAAGCUCAUGCUCAUAUCCGAAGCCCAGAAGCUUUGCCCGUCUCUCGUUCUCGUCGAUGGCGAGGACUUGACUCCAUUUCGGGACAUGAGCAAAGUGCUGUUCAACUUCUUCAGAUCUCAGUCGUGGAAUGGCAGGGUCGAGCGCCUCGGGUUCGACGAAGUGUUCAUGGACGUCACGGACAUUGUCGACUACAACCUGUAUUGCCUCAACGGCAACUCAAUGGCGAACUCUUUCUUUUACUUGAGCAAGAAGGAUCCCGAGCAGGGGUUUGCCUGCGACCUCACCUCCAUGGCCGGUUGCGUAGUUGCGUCUCAUCUAGCACAGUACCUGCGCUUGAAAAUUGAGACCGACUUCGGCUACACGUCGACAUGUGGCAUAGCCAUGAACAAGCUUCUCUCCAAGCUUGUUGGGUCCUGUAAUAAACCCCGGAAUCAGACAACCUUGCUGGCGCUCGAUGAAGAGGAUGCCGUGGCAUUCAUGGAUGGUCACAUGACUAGGAAAGUCCCGGGUCUUGGGUUCAAGACCUGCAUGCUUUUGGAGUCCCAUAUCCUCGGUCGAGACGUGGAAGCCGAUUCGCAUUCGUUCGAGUCUUGCGUGACGGUCGGUGAAGUGCGUCAACAUCCGACCAUGUCGCCAAGCUUCCUCGAGACUCUUCUCGGUGGGCCAGGUGCGGAACGAGGCAUCGGUGCCCGAGUUUGGGGCCUCCUUCACGGAGUUGACGGUACCGAAGUCAAGGAGGCCAGCGAUAUCCCAUCACAAAUCAGCAUCGAAGACACUUACAAGGGCCUAGAAACCAUGGCGCAGAUCACGGAGGAGCUCCAUAAGCUGUCGUGCUCUCUAAUUCGCAGGAUGAGGAUAGAUUUAGUUGUCCCCGACGAUGGUGCCGGUGUGCCCGGUGCUCAGAAAUGGGUGGCGAGACCGAAGACUCUGCGGUUGUCCAUCAGAUCGUGGCCAAGCAGAAAAGCGCCGGAGAGCCAAAGCAUGAACUUCAGCCGCAUCUCGCGUUCAUGUCCGCUACCCAACCUAGUCUUCGAUCUCGCCGCCGACAUUGACGAACUUGCGAUGCGACUCGUCGCUGAUGCGCUGCUGCCGCUGCUGCGACGCUUGCAGCCAGAGCAAGGGCCUCACAGGUGGAAUCUUCAGCUGUUGAAUAUAUGUGUGGCCAACAUGGUCGCCGGAGCCGCCGACGACAAGACUGGGGCGGGAAGAGACAUCGCGGUCAUGUUUCAGCGGCAAGACGAGGUGCUGCGUCCGUGGAAGGCGGUCGAACCAGUCGAUAAAUGGCAAGGCACUGGCUCAGAGUUCAACGCGACAACGGACGAAGACUCGGGGAAUGAUGGGACGUGGGAUGAUGCGGUGCACCCUCUUUGCCUAACGUGCGGCCACGCUGUUCCGCAUUUCGCGAUGGCUGCUCAUUCCAGAUAUCAUGAUUUAGGUGAAUGA